AUGCUCGAUGAGAUCACUCAACAGCGUGACAAGAUUCAAGCUCAGGAUCAAGAAUUGAAAAGCCUCCGAAGGGAAAUUCUUGAUAUCAAGGAGACAAAAAGAACCACGAUUGAAGAUAUGUUUGCCGCCAACGAGAAUGAAAAAGCAAAGCAGAGAGACUCCGCGACGCAGAUCAAAUCUCUUCGUGCUAUUGUUAACGAGAAGGAAAGUAUGGUUGCCGAAUACUCUGAGAAUGCAGGAGCCAUGCAGCAGAAAAUAGCAAAGUUAGAAUCGAUUGUCUCGCAGGAGGUUGCUAAAGUCUCACAAUCCGCCAAAGACAUCAGUACACUUCAAGCGAAUUUGAAAGAGAAAGACAAGACGGUAGAUCAAAUGAAGACAGCGGGAUCGAAAUUGAAAUCGAUGUUAUCGUCGGAGCAGAAGAAGAACGGAGAUCUAGAAGCUGCUAAUGCCUCAGUGAACACAGAGCUGCAGACAGCGAAGGCUUCUCUCCAAAGGUUGAAAGAAAUACCUGUUCAAUCUUCGGAAAUUGAUGAAACUUUCGUGUAA